AGGACAUGCGUGGUUGACUCUCCGCCCAGCAGCGCCUGCCAUGGUCGCGCCUUCCUCGCCACACCCACACCAUGGCCGCACGCGAGUUUAUCAUCUUGAGCUCUUCGCCUCCCGGCAUCCCGGACUCUGACUGCAUCUUCACGCCCCCCAGUGCGCGUCGCAAGUCAAUUCCUUCGACAUCGUCUCCCGAACUCCCUGCGCUCGGCACGCUUCUCACCAGACGCCCCGCCGCCUAUGCGACAGGCCUUAGAAGCGGCUCUCACGCCGCCGAGGUGCCAGCCGACGCGACAUUCGGCUUCGCAAGCGCAGCAGCUCUGAUCAAGCAGCAGAAGCUGACCCUGGACCACGAGGAUGCAGGUGCCCCUGUCGACGCGUCGAACAAUCCAGACUCGCGCAAAUCCGCGCCACCGAGGCGACCCAAGAAGCCCACCAAACGCGCGAAGGAGCCUGAAGAGGCAAACACGGCCGAGGAUAUGAGCGCGUCGAAACCUAAGGAUAGACAAACGGCUAAGAAGGCCACGCGCAAAACGAAGCCGGAGGCGUCAACUGGCGAGCACGCGGCGGAGGAUUCACAACCGGCAGAUCAUGCAGCGAGCUGCAGCACGCGGCAGGACGACGCGGCGGAGGUCAAGCCGAAAGCGCGGAAACCAAGGGCGAAGAAGAGCGACACCGAAACACAAAACAGGUCGAGGAAAACCAAGGCGCCGGAGCAGCAAGCCAGUGUGGUUGAUACGGAGGAAAAUGCUGUGCAACCUGUAGCGCGGAGGGUGCGCAAUGCGACAGGAACGGAAUCGGCGCACUUUUCGCGUGCAAAUUCUGUCAGCGAACAACCUCCUGCGGUGGCCGCGGUGAAUGAUGACGAGCCAUUGGCACUGGAGCAAGCACUCUCACGAAGAAUGGAUUGGACGCCACCACGAGACACGACGUCGCCGACUCUGCAGCACAAGCAACUGCAGGCACUAGAUGAACAACAAGGCUCGCCAAAGUCGAUUGCAUCCAGAGCGACUCGGGAAGGCUCAUUUGCUAGCUUGAUCUCAGCGUUCGGCUACAAUGACCAAACCGUCGACGUUAAUGCCCCGAAGUUGAAAAGGAAUGCUUCUGGCGAGGCUUUCACGAAGCGGAGGAAGAUAGAACUCAUAAGUUCCAUUUUGCCACAAACAACCGUCGAGUCGAGAGAGACGACCCCGCCAAAGGAAGAUGCUCCCAAGAAAAAACCGCGGACCAUAACUGAACUGGCCACCGCUGCAUACCGUACUCCGGAGAUCAGCCCGAUCGUGUCGGAUUUCUUCGCCCCGCGAGGCGGGAGCGCGACCACCACGGAGCCAACAAAGCCAGACAAAGAAAAGGCUCCGGCGCGGCGGAAGAAUCAGACAAAGAAAGCAGAAGGAAAAUCGAAGAAGCCAACCGCAAAACCCAAGAAGGCCGCCAAGCCCAUGGCACAGAAGCUGCUUUCGCCAGAGACGGCAAAGUUACGCUAUAAUAGGCAGGACAUUCUAUUCGGCACGUCUUCACAGCUGGUUCGCGAGGAUUCGCCAACAUUUAUUCGAGACUUGCAGCAAGCAAUGCGCGAAUCCGAAGCCACUGCUGGCGAUGAAGUUCAUGAUGUUGAGACGUUGCAUCUCCGUCCCGCCGCUGCGGGCAGUGGCUUUUCGUUGAUGGGCAGGCGAAAAGGCCUGUGGGCUGCAGCGGCUCGGGAUUUCGAUGAUGGAUUUCUGGAGAUUGAAGAGAUUGAGAAGUCGGUUGGUCUCAACGGUGCCGACGAGCCGACUGUGAUGCAAGAAGGUUCGGUUGAAGCAUCGAAGGCAGAUGCAGAUUUACCUUCACCCACGCAGUUCCAAGCUGCAACGACCUUCAUCGACGUAGUUCCUGCAUCCGAUGUUGUAGGCGGAAAUUCAGUAACGGACCAAGAAAAUGACACGGUGUUGAUGGACAUUGACGACCCUCCCGACCAUGAUGAACUUGCGGUCGUUCGGUGCACGAACGCUGACACUACAUCGACAUUGACGACAUCAUCUCCGACACAGACCCGCUAGAGCACAGCCGUCAAGGGUCGAGACUACCCGCCUCGGCCCCUCUGCACCAGCAGUACUCGCAGACCAAAGCCUCUCUGUCCGCGCACAGGACGGCUCUACAGUCGCUGCCGACAAACUUUCCCCUGCCUGUCUUGAAGAAGCCAGGCACGGAGGUUGCAGGCAUGCGCGCAAAGUCGA